GUGCGUCGGAAAUGCAGGAACACUACUCCUUCAGGCAGUGGAGCCACGACAUCCUUGUGUGGUCGGUGGCAGUGGAAGGCGAUGCUUCACGCAAAGCAGCAUUACUUACCAUGGCCCUGAAGGGAGUAGCAGCGGAAUACAUCAAGAGCUUGCCCCCGACAGUCUUGAUUAACGGUGGGGUCAUCAACGGCAAUGCAGCCGACCCUUUGACCUUCAUCAUGCAUAGUCUUGCUGAAAGGUUUUCAUUGCUGGGUGAAGAAGUCCGUAUGUCUAGCCUCACGGAUCUCUUUCAUUUCAAACGCAACGUCACUACCAAUGAGAAGGUGGACGAGCUCAUUGCUCGUUUUGAGCUUGUGCGCCAGCGGGCCCACGAUCAGGGUCAACUGACGAUCUCUAUUCCAGGCUUGUGUUGGCUGCUGUUGAAGGCCCUGGACGUCACAGACAGCCAACUUAUGCAGCUCCUGGCACGAACAGAUGGCCGCAUGCCCGUCACGGAAGAGGAGUUCGCAGCCUUGAAGCUCCAAUUACGAAGGAUGGGGCACAUCCUCGAGCAUGCGCCAAAUAACAUAGCUAACGCGCUCAGGAAACACCUGAAGGACUCACAGACGAUGCUGCUGUGGGCGAGUAAAGGCAAAGGCAAGGGAAAGGGGCGUCCAAAUGUUUCUGCCUUUCUGGCUUCCUUGUACGAUUCAGAGGUUGAGUGUGGCAGCGACACCCAUUUGUCUCGGGAGUGUCACCUUCCCAGAACCGAUGGCCCGCUUGAUGGACUCAUCUUCAUGGCCUCAGAGGUGCCUUCCACUUGGAGCACUGAAGACAGCUCAGCCGUGCCAGAAGGUGCCCAGUUUUCUGAGAAUGGCCCAGGAAGAAGUGCAUCUGGACUAGGCGUGCAGAAGUUAGAAGUCGGAAUCGCCGUCAACUUCGUUUGCCAACGGCCGUGGAUGCAAAUCGGUAUGUUCACGUACAUGGCCUCCUAUGAUAACCAUGAUCCCGAGGAGCCGUCACCAUACCAAAACUUUGAGUCGUUUCCCUGGUGGCCGACUGAGCAAAUUCUGCAUAGACUGAACUGGAUCCGACGCAUGCAGCAAUCAGCAGCCGAGCAUGGUCUGGAGGCCUCCCAACAGUGCCUAUUGCUUUGCCUUGCAUUUCAGAGGGUCAAGUGGGAGUGGCUCGGCAUAUCUUCGAGGUACCUGCUGCUGCACUUGGAGUUGCUUCUGUUGGUCCGCGAGCCAUGUUUCAGCGAAGGCAAAGCAGGCGGCUCAGAUGGUGAAGUUUCUCUGCCGCCAUCCGUCAACGGUUCCGAUGACCCAGGGCCUUCAUCCGGAGCCAAGGGUUCGUCUUGUUGCCGGAAUGCUUGCCUGGAGACUUGGCGAGAGAAAGCUGAGGAGCUGCAGUUGAAACUGCAAAACCAGAGUUUUCAUGAACGGCAAGCCUUGAUCUUUGAAGAAGUGAAACGUGUGGUGAAAGAGAACAGUUCCAGUCCCAGCGAUGAUGCUGCCCCGGCUGCUGGCACUGGUCGUCGCUACUUGAAGUGGAGCAUGUUCGGGGCAUCAGUUUGCCGCAUCUUUUGUGAGAGACAUUGCUUCCAGUGCAACCCGAAGAGCCUGGACAACAUGAUCAAGCUCGCUCGUUCUGGGCUCGUAGAGCUUCCGGCAAGGGGGCCAAGGCUGCAACGAGAGAGCAAAACGGGCGAUGCUUUAGAUGUCUGGUUCCUCGAUGUCUACUUGUAUCUGGCAGAACCAUUAGCUGUGGAAGGAUCUGAGGGCAGUCUGCCUGUUACCGUUGCUGCCGGGGAGCAACAUGAGAUUGUGCAUGACGAUUCUCAUCCACUGUAUUCCAUCAGUGUCAACCUUGAUGGCAAGAAGUCUGCCAUGAUACCGAAAAGAUACUUGAAUUUUGCCACGGCCGAAGACUUCUGGCGCUUUUACGUUGUCGAUGUGGCAAAGGAUCAGCAGUGCAGUCGAAAGACCUUCUUUCGUGGGUACGAGCGAUGGAAAAAGUUUGUGCCCUUGAAGGAUCCUGGUGAAGGGACGAAAUGCAGCAUCUGUGCUACGUUGGCAGAACAAAAGGCCCAAUGCACCAGCAAGAUGGAAAGGGAACAGGUCGAUCUGGACCUGAAGGACCACUUGGAGCGAGUCCGGGGAGAUCGAAGUGUCAACAACCGGACGAACAAGCAGGGCUCCGAGAAGGAUGUGUAUUUGUGCAAGGACAGGUACAUGAAGGUCAUGAUCGACGGCAUGGAUCAGGCUAAGUUUUGCCUUCCUCGUCACAAAAAGCUGUCAGCGACCAGUGAUGCCUCGAAGCGAUGGAGACCGGCUGUUCAUGUCACAGGAGUCAUUACAUGGGGUUUGCAAGAAAUCUAUUUCGUGCUUCCGAGCAGUGUCCCCAAGGACGCCAACAUGAAUGCGACCAUUUUGGCUCGUUGCCUGGACCUGGCACAAGAGUCCUUGGAAGAAGGCCAGACACUGCCGGAGAACCUCUUAGUGCAAGUUGACAACACGCCGCGAGAAUCGAAGAACCAGCAUUUUGCAUUGUUUCUGUCGUUUCUGGCCUCGUCCGUCUUCAAGAGUGUUGAGUGUCACUAUCUCCAAGUCUCCCACACGAAGAAUGAGCUGGACCAACGUUUCAGCACUCUGGCCAGCAUCAUCAAGCACGCCGAGUCCAUCGAGGAUCUUGGUGAGUUGCGGGAUUACAUGCAGCUUCACAUGACCACAGCCUUGAACAGGAAACUUGUUGUUGAAAUACUUCAGAACACGUGGAAUUUUCGAGAUUGGUUGGCUUCCACUGGCCUUUCGCUCAGUGGCCUCGUCAGCACUCGCUUGGAACCCCAUGCGAAUCAUGUGUGGAGAUUCCAGAGAAGGCUUGAACUUGAUGUGACUGUGUCAGGGCCUAUUGUGUCGGAGCUGAAAAAUGUGACCCCUGACGAUGGGGACGUGGUGCUCGUUGUGAAGCAGUUCAUGUGCUCGCCAAGGCCCUCGCAGGAUCCUAUCCUCAUGUUGCCUUUGCAAGCAGCGAGGACUUUGAAGAGCCGGGACUUGACAGUCUCGAGCCCGAAUUCUUUCUCCGCUCAGACUCUUUCGGAGUUUAGGAAGACUGCCAAGUGGGUAGCUUCGCCACCUUGGUUGCUUCUGCAAGGCCAAAUGUUUUUGGAAGACAUGUGCGACCUGAAUGAAAAGGGCCAGACCCACGGCGAGCCUCCCAAGCUUCAGUUUGUUUUUGGCGGUGAUCGUACUGUCAUCGAUGGGCCUAUGCUUGCAGAGUUGGAGCCUUCAGCCGCCCCAGUUCCUCGCGAGGUUCGGGUCCUUCCGAAAAAGCGGGCCAAAAAGAGGCCAGCUGCGGCGGCACCCGCCAAGAGGCCUGCCAUGGCUUCAGCUGCAAGGGCGGAUGGGCCAUCGGAACCUCCUGCAGCUGCUGGUGCUGCCGAGGGCAGCGAGGACAAUGCUGCUGUCUCUGAGGUUGCUGCGGUUCCUGCCCAGGGCAGCAUCAAUGAGGAUGGUGCUGAUGCAGAGAUGCUUGGAUCAGACAGAGAGCAGGACCAGGAGGUCUCCGGGGCCGCUGCUGCUGCUGCCGAAGUUCCAGAACCAGGUCCACGUCCUGGAGCACAGCCUCCAGCAGCAGCUGUGGGCCCUGGCCGUAAAGUUCUGCACUUUGGUUGCUCGAAGUGUCGGAAGAAUCCGCAAGGAUGCCCUGGUCGCUGCCGAAAAUUCGCCGCCGAAGGGAAGAAUGAUUAUGGCUAUGAUGAGCAUGGCAAUGUAGUUCGCUUUGAGCCUGCUGAGUAA